CAUCUGAUCCAGGAAUGACGAAGUAAUCACGUGAUCGCCGUGUCAGAAUUUCGUUUGCUUCUGGAUUCGGCUGAACAAGAUGGCGGCCUCCUCAGGAGUUAAAGUUCCUCGCAAUUUUCGCCUGCUGGAAGAGCUCGAAGAGGGACAGAAAGGAGUAGGUGAUGGUACUGUCAGCUGGGGACUUGAGGAUGAUGAGGACAUGACUCUUACACGAUGGACAGGCAUGAUCAUUGGACCUGCACGGACUAACUACGAAAACCGAAUAUACAGCCUCAAAGUAGAAUGCGGACCUAAAUACCCAGAAGUUCCACCAUCUGUUAGAUUUGUAACAAAAAUUAGUAUGAAUGGAAUAAACAAUUCCAAUGGGAUGGUAGACGCACGUAGCAUACCAAUUCUGUCAAAAUGGCAAAAUACUUAUAGCAUUAAAGUUGUUCUUCAAGAGCUACGGCGUCUAAUGAUGUCCAAAGAGAAUAUGAAGCUUCCACAACCACCAGAAGGACAGACCUACAGCAAUUAAUCCUUAUAGAUUCUUCUGACCCUCUGUCUUAAACCCUCUCUUAAAAAUGUCUUGUAAAUUUUCACAAUGCUCUCCACCCACACACAAAGGUUUUCAUCAUCAGGUGCAGGAUUGGGACAUUUCUGUUACAUUCAGACAGUCAAAAGAAUCUCCCAUUAUUUGAGGCACAGAUAUUAAAUUUAAUGUUAAAAAGCUAGACAUUCUUGAAUCAUGGAAACUUAAGAUGGCUUUCUGCUUAGAAAAAAGCAUGACACAAAAUGGUUGUAACUGCAAACUUAUACAUAUGUUAAAAGACUGGUCACCUUAAAAACAUAGGAUGUGUAUAUAAUGGCAUGCUUUAAAUUACAUCUUAAUUAUGAGCUGCAUAUUGAGUUGUAUGUUAGUGAAACCUAGCGGGUACACUGAAAUAUGUUGCAAAAUAUGUUUGAAAACCUUAAAGUGUGGCUGUAGACUGCUAGCAGUGUCACAGAGUGUUGAGGGUUGUUUUUGAUAUCUGUAUUUAUGACACAUUACCAGCUGAUUUCUGUUAAGCAGCUCUGUAUGUACCAGAUAUUGCAGAUUUGUCUUUGUUCUAAACAACAUUCAUUUUACUUUAGUGAAAAUAAAAAUAAAAGAUAUGUGUAUGGAACUGUCAUUUUCUGAGAUUAAAAUCAAUCUGCAAUUUAAGAACGGACUUUCUUUUUUCUUACCAGAAUGUGUACGUGUAUCCUGAUGGUACAUUCUUCAAGAUUAAAAAUUGACUGGUAAUGUUUUAUUUGCUGCAGUGCAUGCUAGGUUGGAAUCAGCCACUAAACAUACAAGGGAAACCAUGAUGACCGGGUGCCAGUGUAGAUUUCACUGGAUGCCUCCGAGUUGCUUUUUGAGAACUUGUGUUAGUUGGCCAGUGUCAGACAUGUCCCAACUGCCACAUUGUUCUUCAGAUGCCUAUCUCUGAACUACAUGUUCCUGUAUGUACAAAAUAUGCUUUAGCCUUAAACAUUAAAGUGGUUGAAUCCAGGGAGCUAAGCCUUUGUUAGAAACAACUGUUGAGUAUUGGCAUAAUUGUUUUAAUACAUUUUUUUUUAAUUGGUUCAGAAAAUGCUUUGUUACAUGUGUGACAAAAUGUCUACCCUGAAGUAAAAUUCGGUCUAUGGGGAACUCAUCUUUCCAAUUAAGUAAUCAUUUACUGCUUUAAUUGACUUUGUAAAUCUGCUACUUUGGGUUUCCAACAUGUUUUUGUCUUUCUGUAUUUUUUUUUUCCUGGUUAGUAACACUUUAAAACCAUUUAAGGUGCCAAGAGACAAGACACAGUGGACAUGUUGAAGAGAAGGUGAGCAUUCUCUUGUACCUGGAUCAAUUAAUUGUUAAUAAAGAACAUUGCUGUAUUAAAACAAUAAUGUGGUGGACAAGAGUCCACUGGGUUGGAAUGUUUGAUUAAUAAAGCUUUGAGUCAAACCGCUA